GCUGGGGAUGUAGGUUCCCAGGUUCAAUCCUCUAGCACUGGGGAAAAAAGAAAAAUGAAAAAAAUCAGGUGAUCUUAUCAAUAAGGAAUGUGAAGGCGGGCUCCUGGGUCAGCAGAGCCUCAGGGAAAGGAGGCUUGGCAGUGAAUCACAGAGGCAUGGGUCCCAGAGGCGCACACCAGGAACAGCUUGCCUCCCUGAGGAAGACAGAGGAAGAUGCAUUCCUCAUCCUAACCCUUCCUGUGCUCACUGCAGGAGGCAGCUGGCUGGAUGGGGUGACCACCACAUUGGGAGUGACAGUGGACAUGAGACACCCUGCCCAGCUGGGUGUGGGCAGGAGCAGGGGGAGUUCGGCAAAUGCACCCCUCUGGCUGGGAGGUUUGGAGAGGACUGAGAGAAGAGCAUCUCAGGGGAGGACCCAUCAUCUUUGCCCCCAAAACACAGGGAUGAGUGUCUGCUUGGUGCAUUCCAACUGCAGUGUUCCUCUGCGGUAGAUAGGGAAAUCCGUAUCUUAUGCAUGAGAAAACUUGGCCAGGAAAAUAUGUGGAAGUGACAGGACACCCUCUCAAGGUGGCUCAGCAGCCAGGAAUUGUGCUGGAUCUCUUCCUGCAGCGACACAGCUGGCCAAGUAUCCUUCACCAUUCAAGAUACCUCAGUUUUUAACCCAAGGCCUCACCUCACAGCCCCAUCCUGGUCUUGGGGUCUUCUGAGAUCACAGCGCUGGGCAAAAGGGGUACACAAGGGCAUCCCUGGCAGGGCAGGUCCUGACUGAGCAGGCACGGGGGGCGUCAGUGGGCAGUGGCUGUGUCCCCCUGGCUGAAUCCUUCCCACAUGCCCUUCUUCCCCCUUCCCUUACACUGCCUUGGGGAGGAGUCUGAAGCCAUACAUACAGCACAGAGCGGGGAGGGCCCAUGAGUAGACAGGCUGACUCUUCCACGGGGGCUGGACACCAGAAAGCAGGCCUGUGCAAGUCUGAGAGCCCAGGGGUGGGAAGCCCGACCCUUGAGCAAGCGGGUGCGCGAUUUCCAUGUUAGAUACCAGCCAUCUCUGUCCCCAAAGGCUGUUGGCUGUCCGUGCCAGGGGGCGCUCGAGAGCUGGCGAUGCAACGCUCUAGGCCCGCCAGCUACUCAGUGAUCCUCGUGCCCCCCCUCCGGCCUAGGGCGCAUGCGCGAAGAUCUCCCGGGCUGACUCUUUCGAUUCCGGACUCUGGAGAACUGAGCUCCGCCAGGGGUGAAGACGCCGGGACCUACAGCGACUGUCUGGCAGAGCACGGUGGUCCGCCCUUCAGUUUGUCCCUAGCCUCGGCUCUUUCGGGGCGUUGACACCAGCAGUACUAGAACACGCGAGUCGUCCACCAGCGGUCCAGCCGUGACCCCGUGCGGAUGGACUCGCACCCCAUCAUAGAGCCCGCACUGCCUGACGCUGGCCAUGCACGCGAAGCUGCUGUCACUGGCCGGUCUCUACCUGGUGCAGGGCCUACCUUAUGGGCUGCAGUCUGGCCUGCUGCCUCUCCUGAUGCGGGCCCGCGGCCUCUCCCUCGCGCGCGUGGGGCUGACCAAAGGGCUGUAUGCACCGUGGCUCUUCAAGCUGGCAUGGGCACCGCUGGUAGACAGGCGGGGCUCCCCGCGGGCCUGGCUGGCGCUCAGCACAGCGGCGCUGGGCCUGGUGUGUGUGCUGCUAGCCGCGCUGCCUCCCGCCCCUUCUGGCCAGGCCGGGCUGCCUGCCAGCGUGGUGGGCCUGCUACUACUACUGAACUUGGGCGCGGCUGUGCAGGAUGUGGCCCUGGACACACUGGCCAUGCAGCUCCUGGAGCCAGCCGAGUUGGGACCCGGCAACACUGUGCAGGUGGUCGCCUACAAGCUGGGAUCAGCGCUGGCUGGGGGCGGGCUGCUGGCCCUCUUGCCCAGUCUCUCUUGGCCACCGCUCUUCCUACUCCUGGCUGCCACCUACUGGCUAGCCGCUGCCCUGGCCUGGGCUGCACCGGCCCUGCAACAGCUGCCCUGGCCUCAACCCUCAGAGCAUACUCCACGCCAUCUGCAGGAUUUGCUGGCUGUGCCUGGGACCCUGUGGACAGCAGGCUUUGUGCUCACCUACAAGCUGGGUGAGCAAGGUGCCAGCAGCCUGUUUCCACUCCUCCUGUUGGACCACGGUGCUUCUGCCUCUGAGCUGGGGCUGUGGAGUGGCGUGGGUACAAUGGCCUUCUCCAUUGCUGGCUCCUCCUUGGGCGGGGCCCUACUGACCAGGCACUGGCAGCUGCUGCCUUUGCUGAGGUUAGUGCUGCGACUUCGCCUAGGAGGCCUGGCCUGCCAAACUGCCCUGCUGUUCCACCUGGACACUGCAGGGGCCAGUUGGGGCCCUGGCACUGUGCUGAGAGGAGCGGCCUUGCUGAGUCUGUGUCUGCAGCACUUCCUGGGGGGCCUGGUCACCACCACCACCUUCACUGUGAUGAUGCACUGCAGCCAGCUGGCACCCAGAGCCCUACAGGUGAGGGGAUGUGGUAGACACCCAGAGGCUGCGGGGCUGGUAGAGCCAGUAGACCCUGACCCCCCACCUCAACCCCCAGGCCACACACUACAGCCUCAUGGCCACGCUGGAGCUGUUGGGCAAGCUGUUGUCGGGCACCCUGGCUGGAGUGCUGGCCGAUGGCCUGGGUCCAAAUCCCUGCUUUGGCAUCUUUCUUGCACUCUCAGCCCUGCCCCUUCUGGACCUGAACCUAGCACCUAGCACCUUGGGCUGAGCUGAGCAGCAGGACUGUCAAGUAUGCCCAUGGCUAAUGCCUGUGUCGAAUAUAUGAGAUGCAGUGGUCUUGAGGCUGACAGUAGCCUCCUUUGAAAGCAGAGCCCAUAAAAUGACUUGAACACA